CAGAAGGCAGAAGCGCGUGCGGCUCGACUUUGUUCAUGUCAUGUGCACAUCUAGUAUUGCGUAGUAUUUUGUUGCAUGAAGGAAAGAGUUUGGCGCACAUAUAGUUGUUUGAUAAUAGGUGUCUAGUGUCUUAAUGCUUCUCUACCAUUGACAUGACAACCCUGUGGUGGAAGUGAAACAAAGAUGCAUGAACUUUGGUGGGGAUCAACCCCUUCUGUCCUGUACCAUGUGGUAGGCCCUUCGAGAUGAAGCUGGCUGACGCAGAAAGCAAGAUAUCCAUUUCCAGCUAUCUUUGUGAGCAACACUGGCAAGGGAGGCACCUUUGGCUCAAGUCAUAGCCUCCGUUGUCCACAGCGCCUGCCCGACGCGUGGUCGAGAAAUGGAGAAUUUCCUCGAGACUCGCUGUGAUGAGGAGAACUUCCAUGGCACCUGGCGGGACUUCCUCACGUUGCCCGAAAACGAUCAUGGAGCCUUCGUGGAGGUGAAAGAGAAGAAAAAGAAGAAGAAGCCAUUUGUGGGCGGUCGCUAUGGCGUGGCCAUCGAGGAGGCGGUGAAGGCAGAGAUGCGAGGGCAGCACGGCGCCGUCGGGGAGGUGAUUGAGCUCUUAGCAGACAAGACGAAGACCAAUCCUGCGGGUGCUGAUCAUUUGGUGAAGGCAGCAGAGAAUACAGAGGAGAAGACGAAGAAGUGCCCUGAAUCGCAGAAUCGUUCGCUCCUAACAGUGUUCGCUUCUUCAUGGAAAUAUGAAUGUUUCUUCCCCACUUGCUUGUGUUCGCUUCUUUCUGUCCUUCCUUUCUUUGUUCUUGAAAGAACUUCAGACCUUUCUUCUGUCCUCUUCUGGCUUCCCUCCUUCCCUUUUGGCUGAAGAGUAGGAAAAUAGAGGAUCGCAUGGCACUAGA